CUCGAACAACACUCCCCUUCCUACAACUUGUGACCAACAGCACAACCCAGGAGAUGAAGAUGUGUGAGUUUGUUAGAAGUAAUCUCCCUGUUACCCCAACCCCUACCCCCGCCCCCUCUCAGUCUCAGAAAUUAAGAUCUAUAAUCGUGAAGAUUAUUGUCAGACGAGUGGUCCCAUGAGAUCUGUCUCGUCCGGCAUCCUUCUCAACUUGAAUUUUUGAUUUCUAGAUAUCGGUUUCUCUUCCUUGUUCUAGUUAUCAACACAGACGCCAUCAGUAGAACUAAGUCCACUCUCUCCGGGGGCGCACGAUGCUGUGGCGCGGCAGUAAAAGUACAGAGCGGCGGCCAUCAAGCUGCACUUGUUGUUACAGGCACUUCAUUUUCAACAACACGGCUCUGAAUAUGUUUUCCGUACUUUUUUGCCAGUACCUCUUACGGGCUUGCUGGAAUACCCCCACCAGUGGUACAGCAUUCGCCAUUAUGAGAAAGGAGAAAGUGAAAGGAUUUGAUGAGUCACGACUGGCACAGGAUGAAGAUGUGGCGGACAAUUAUGGGGGUAGAAAUAUGAGAGGGCUCACCCAGAGGGCGCAACGCAUAUCACGACGAAGCCAUGGCACCUCCCGCACAGGCCAAAUAAAGGCAAGCCGACUCGAGACCGACGGUGGAAUCGACAUCGACAUUUCACCGCUAGCAGUGGAGGAGCGACGUCGGCUUUAUGUCCGCGGAUCCUUAGCCGACGCCGCUGACGCAAGAAAUGCGUGGCCCGACCUAACGAAAAGCAACUCACUUGGCGGUGGGCCGACCGAGGCGACGACAACUGUGCUGGAUAGCAGUGGUGGAGAAGAUGCACCAGUGCGGUUGUCUGUAGCGUCGUAUAUGCAGAGGCAGCUCGCUUUCGGCUUCGCUACCUUGCACCGCAAGAUGACGACCUUGCGGAGAAACUUUUCGUCGCUUCUCGAGGGGCAGGACACAGACACACAGUUCACGUCCGAGGACGUGGAAGGCGACAAGCAAAACGUGCGGGAGGGUUGGGUUUGUUUUCAAAAACUGCUCUACCUUCUUGGCUGUGCGCUUCUUCCUAUAUGCGUACUCGCCUGUUGCGCAUGCGUGAUUGUUUUCCGUAAGCGCUGCAAUUUGAAAAGGAUCCAGGCCCGCUGGGACGCCCGGGCCGCCCAGGAACACGGACACCUGGUGCCGAUGGAGGUUCCGUCAAAUUUCUACACGUAUGACGGUAGAAGUAAAAGUGCGCAGAGCAAGUCAGUCACCAGCGGCAGCGCGCCGGGCGCAGGAUUGCAAAAGCAACAGCAAAGUAGGAGCUUGAGGGACUUGGUAGGGGGAAGCGCUCGCGCUCCGGUCACGACCAAUUAUAACAAAGGAGGCGGGUUGCUCGCCGAUGGGCUACCUCCUUCCGGGCAGGUCGAUGCGUUGCGUCGUGCAGGGCCUUCUCGGCAACAAGGAAUGCUGUCGCCGCAAGGUAGACGAAGCGCUAGCGAUCAUGACGGCACAGGCCAAUCGUAUCCAUAUCCGGUAGGCGUCGUGGGGGCCGGCCCGGGUCAUGGGAUAGCCAGCGGUAGUGGUCUCACAAGUGCUGAUGGGCUACAACUGCAAAGCGGGGCAGACGAGGCGGAAAGCUGGAGCCGGGUGAACACUGAGAACGAACAAGCAGCUGCAGAUCAUGUUGACUUCUCACACGGAAAUAACAAGAAUGCCCCGGCUUCGGCCUCAAUGCAAAGCGGCAUGAUGUCGAACGCCAACGCUGGCGCUAGCGGCAUGUUGAGCAGCAUAAUGCAAAGCCACACCGACGAGAAUGAUAAGUACGACACUUUGCUGCAAGAACAGCACGCAAAUGCGGAAUCUGACGGGACAGAUGGAGACCAGGACGCUGGUGCCUUUUUCGGUAGCCCAGGUAUGGCUUCCAGUGGGCCGCACGGCGGGCACCACAGCGGACUGGGGAGCGGGCUGCAGAGCUACACCGACGGAAACAUGGGCACUGGCACAAACGACCUCCUUCGGGCGGACGACUCUGACCGGCACACAAUAGACUUUGGCAGCACGGAGGAGAUAGGGGCCAAGGGAGGCGUCGAGAGGGUGGAGAACUUUGCCGCGGCAAACAAACCAAAAAAGAAAAAACGAAAAAGCAGCACUCUCCAGAGUAAGGAUAGAGGAACGGAAACGGAUGAACCAUUCUCGAGUGGGUUGCAUAACUACAACGGCACAGACGACAAGAAUAUUGCGCUUUUGGCCGAAGCGGAGGAAGAAAAACUUCGGCAAAUCGGCUUGGGCAGUGUCGAGGUCAUCGGCAAGAAAGGAGGCGUGCAGGCCUUACAGAAUUUUGGCACAGCAGCAGUAGCGACGAAGACCGCGGAAGUGAAGAGCUAUGAUGAACUCGGAUUACAUGACUCCAUCGAGAAUCACGAGGACGUGAAGCUACUACGAGAUGUGGGGCAGGUCGAGACAGUCCUUGUCGACACUGGUUUCACGAAAGGGUAUGCGAGAAAAGCGGCCGCGGCAAUGUUGAAGAAUCCUGCAGAGCAGGUAUGUUCAUAUUCAUACUGAUUGUAUGAAAUAGAAAUUGUAAUUGGACACACACAUACUUUCUCUACUUACUCUGUUGACGUGCCAACUCUUUUGUGUCUUUCAUAUUUUGUAGACCAUGGAAGUAGAUAAAGUUGAUCGAAUUCGAAAUCAAAAAUACAACCAGGGUCUUCCGUCUGAGGGACUCACCGACCAAGAUAGAAAGGCAAUGGACGCGGUGGGCUUGGAGCCGCACGAUGGCCUUUCGGCGUUGCAAUCCGUCGUAGAGGAGUCGCUUUUGUCUUCGGCACCCCCCGCUCCGGUUUCGAUCGAGGUCCGCGCGGACAAUCAUGAUCAUUUUUACGGGGCGAUUGAGGAUGGUAGUACGGAAACUGCGCAGCUGAACUCUGGAUUCAAGCCCAUGGCCGCGAUGAAAAAAAGUGCGAAAACAAAAAGGAAGAAAGAAGCCGCUACGUGAGCAUGAUGCCGAGGUCAAGAACCCAUCGUUGUUUACAAUGAAUGUCAGAUGAAUUUUUAUAAAGAAAGUUGUGUGCCAUCUUGAUCUUCAGGUGUUGCAUAUGCACGACCAGGGCACGAUGAAACAAGGUACAAUGAAAUACUCGAAUGGAAACUGUAAUAUUAAAUUCUUUCUUUUAUACCAUGGUUAUACGUCGGUUCUUUUCGGAUUCGGCAUCCAUUAGUCAUCCUGACCUUUGUUUGUGCAUAUCAUGUUGGGCGGUUGCGCAUGCAGCUACUUCUACCCUAU